CUCAAAAGAUUUGGACAUUUCAAUCGCCAAAUAUUGCUACUUUGCCGUUACCUUUUCUUCGAGCAAGGUCACUUCAGCAUUCUCAGUGGCCAUGAUGUGAAAGAGGAAGCAGUGUUCUGCAUCUCGCCCUCUCAUUGGCCAACUCCGCUGCGCCUCGUGAGUGGUUCGUUUUGAAGAAAUAAACGAAAUAAUAAACGAAGAUACACGUCACUUCCGAGGUUUCUGUCACGUGACUCGGCGGGAAAACAAGCGCGAAGAUGGCGGACGUCUUCAUGUCGAAAGGGGUCCUCGACGCCUAUGUUUUGUCCGGAAAUGAAGUGGUGGAAUUCAAACUAGUUUUGAAUGAAGACGACCUGGAAAACGACGACAUAGCGUUUCCUCCUGAAAUGUCCCACCAGAUCUUCGGCGAAGGAGAAAGCAUCUUUGGUUAUCGAGACCUAAAAGUGCAGCUCUACUAUGCAGCAUGCUCCCUCACCACCUACCUUCACAUGUCAUACACCGAAAAGAUCACCUUAAAAAAGAGUGAUGGUGUCAAGGCGGAUAACGUUUUGAAGAUGAUUGGUGAGAAGCUGCCCCCUGGUGUGCUCUCCAACCUGGAUGACUUUGUGGCAACACUCCCCAAGGAGCCGUCCUUCCGACCUUUCGGGACCCACCUGCACUCAUUCACCGUCAACAAAGGGACAGCCUCGGCACAGACUUUUAAGCUGUACAAGGCUGACAUCACCGUUCCCGGUUUCGUCGACUAUCAUGCCAGGAUGGAGAGCUUCAUUCUGUGGUUUAUCGAUGCUGCCUCUUACAUAGACUCGGACGAUGAGAAGUGGGAGUACUUUGUCCUGCACGAAAAGAAGCUUGUCAAUGGCAAGGUGUGCUACCCCUUCGCCGGUUAUGCCACCGUCUACAGAUACUAUGCCUAUCCCAGCAACAUCCGGCCCAGGAUAAGCCAAAUGUUUAUUCUUCCACCAUUCCAAAAGAAAGGGCUGGGAGCAGAAAUGCUCCAGGGCAUCUACAACUACUACACAGGACGCAGGGAUGUCAUUGACAUCACCGUGGAAGAUCCGUCCAGCACAUUCAUCCGGCUUCGAGACUUUGUGGAUUCCAAAAACUGCCUGACCCUGCCCUCUUACAGCAGGCAACAUCUACACAAGGGCUUCUCCGAAGAGAUGAGGAAAGAGGCCCAGGAAAAGUUCAAGCUGAAUAAGAAACAAGCACGAAGAGUGUACGAGAUUCUCCGUCUGCGCGUCACCAACACGGCGAACCCCGGCCAGUACCAGAAAUACAGGCUGGAGGUGAAGAACCGGCUCAAUGCACCAUACCAGAGGCAGAAGGCGGACGUGGAGAAGCUGCGACGGACCAUGUCGCCGGAAGAGUUUGAGGCAACAAUGCAGUGCCUGAAUGCUCAGAACCGGAUCGAGCAACUCGAGAGCCAGUACCGGGAGCUGGAGCUGGAGUACCGGCACACACUGGAGCGUCUGGCGGCCUGCCAGUUCAGCUGAUCCCUCGGCCACUCGUUUGUUUCUUGAUGGGACAGGGUCCCACCACAUCCUUCAGUUUUAAUUUGUUUAAAAGUUUCGUUGCUGUUGCAAUUUGAAGGAUAUCGAGCACAAGAUUGUUUUAUUGAUACGGAGGUGCAAACUGCCUCAGCUUGCGUACCAAUCUUUUGCUGCACGGCAAACACUGUUUUUGUAAUCAGAACGGGUAACAUCGUUUUUGUGCUCGUGUCCGAUUACGUGUGCAUAACUUGUAACUUGCCAGCUUGCGAAAAUAAACUGUGGAAUUUCCAUUA